AUGACCUCACAGUCAUAUCAACGGGUAAAUACCCGUGAUGACGACGAUGAUAGUCGACUCGAAGUCUUUCCCAACCUGACCGCACCGAUUCCCGCCUCGCCUCCGCCUUCUUUCCACUCUCGAUCAUCGUCACCUUCAUCGCGUCGCUUGCUUCACGAAGAUCCCAUGCGAGAUAGUCCUGAUAAUGCCUUAGAGGAUGCGUUUGACGAUGGGAACGACUCAAAUGAUGAGAGCGAAGUCGACGAUAGACAGCGAUUGAUGAGAGGAGACCCUAGUACAACCCCCACGACGCCCAUUAUCACAGCAGCAGAGUCAACCUCGACGAGCGCUCAACCUUCAUCAACACAGAGACGAGGUACUAUACUACCCACUUUCACUACACCGGUAAAUUCGCGAGUGGUAGGCACGGGCUCGUCAAAUGAUGGCGUUUUUGCCAAUCUGAAUGCCAAACCCGAAAGGGCCGAGAAACAAGAAGAAGAUCUACCUCCAUCAUAUGAACAAGCCGCUGCUGAUGCUACGCCUCCCUACUGGGAAACUACUAUAAUGGCCCCAGGCAUGUCCACCGACGAAGUGUACGUGGACGGCCUGCCGGUUGGCUCGGUAUUCUCAUUUGCAUGGAACGGCAUGAUCUCGAUGUCAUUCCAGCUCGUCGGCUUCCUCCUCACUUACCUCCUUCACACGACCCACGCGGCCAAAAACGGCAGUAAGGCCGGUCUCGGUCUCACUCUUGUUCAAUAUGGCUUUUAUAUGAAAGGAAGCGGCAUCUCACGACCCGACGGUGACACAGACUCAUAUACAGCUCCACCGGAUCCUAAUAGCCACACUUUCGACCCGAACGCUAUUGAUGGUAGUGGCGCAGGUGGUGGCUCAGGUCACGGAGGCAACGCCAUCUCCGCUAUUACAACAAGUGAAUGGAUAUCUUAUAUUUUGAUGAUUGUCGGCUGGUUUAUUUUGAUUCGAUCCGUUAGCGAUUUCCUUCGAGCCCGAAAGCAUGAGCAACUCAUCCUACAAAGCCCGGAAAGAGGCCUGAGUAUCCCAGUCAUCGCCGAAGGCGAGGCUUCUGAGAAUGUUGUCUGA